CAAGGGCUUGCCAAGAUGUGUGACCUGGGGGGGCUCGACAACCUGAUUGCCAACACUGCCUACCUCCAGGCAAGGAAGAGUGGAGAUGGAGACACCAAGGAAAUGCAAAAGAGGCGUAAGAGCCUCUCACUGCCCAAGAUUGAGGAGUGCAAAGAGCAUAGAGAGUCCGUUGUUGGUGAUUAUGAUAACAUCUGUGAACAGCAGCCCAUUGGCAAGAGAUUCUUCAGAGACUUCUUGGAGACAGUGCCAGAAUAUUUGGUGGCUAGGGACUUUCUGGAUGAGGUGUCAAACUGGGAGUUGGCAGAUGACAAUCUCAAGAACAGUACCAUGGAAAAUAUUGUCACCAAUUUUCUUAAGGAAGGCGCCAAAAACUAUCUGUCUUUCAUGAGCUCUGACUUGGUCAGCAAAUGCAAAGCAGCUACUGCAAAAGACUACGAGAACAUCACGCAGCUGGCCAAGGAGGAAACCAAAGUCUUCUUUAAAGACAAGCCCUUCCAGGACUUUCAGAACAGCCCCUUUUAUGACAAAUUCAUCCAAUGGAAAGUGUUUGAGAAGCAACCAGUAACUGAUAAAUACUUCUCUGAGUUCCGAGUGCUGGGCAAAGGUGGCUUUGGAGAGGUUUGUGCCAUCCAGGUCAAAAAUACUGGUAAGAUGUAUGCCUGCAAGAAACUGGAUAAGAAAAGGUUGAAAAAGAAAAGUGGAGAGAAGAUGGCACUGCUGGAGAAAGAGAUCCUGGAGAAGGUCAACAGCCCUUUCAUAGUCACACUAGCUUAUGCCUAUGAGACCAAAACCCAUCUGUGUCUUGUUAUGAGCCUCAUGAAUGGAGGGGAUCUGAAGUAUCACAUCUACAAUGUGGGAGAAAGGGGUUUGGAAAUGAAAAGGAUCAUCUUUUACUCGGCUCAGAUCACCUGUGGGAUUCUGCAUCUCCAUUCCAUCAAAAUUUUGUACCGGGAUAUGAAACCAGAGAAUGUCCUCCUGGAUGAUAAUGGGAAUUGCAGACUGUCUGAUCUUGGAUUGGCAGUUAAAGUCAAAGAGGGAAAAAGCAUCACCCAGAGGGCUGGGACAAAUGGUUACAUGGCUCCAGAAAUCCUGAAGGAAGAGGACUACAGCUAUCCUGUGGACUGGUUUGCUAUGGGGUGUUCUAUUUAUGAGAUGGUUGCUGGGCGAACACCAUUCAAGGAUUUCAAAGAGAAGGUCGAUAAGGAUGAGGUUAAAAGAAGAACUCUGGAAGAUGAGGUGAAAUUUGAACAUGCCGGCUUUACAGAGGAAGCAAAAGAUAUUUGCAGGCUGUUUUUGGCUAAGAAAAAAGAGGACCGUUUAGGAAGCAGGACUGAAGAUGAUGACCCAAGAAAACACAGCUUCUUCAAAACAAUAAAUUUCCACAGGUUAGAGGCAAACCUUAUUGACCCUCCAUUUGUGCCAGAUCCAUCAGUUGUCUAUGCCAAAGAUAUUGCAGACAUUGCUGACUUCUCUGAAAUACGAGGAAUUGAGUUUGAUGACAAAGACAAGAAGUUCUUCAAGAAGUUUGCGACAGGUGCUGUCCCCAUACCCUGGCAGGAAGAAGUCAUUGAAACGGGACUGUUUGAUGAACUGAAUGAUCCCAACAGAGUAGUUUCUGGAGGUUACGCAAACGGAGGUGAAGCUAAGUCAGGAGUUUGUUUAUUGUUGUAA